UUGUAAGCGACGGACGCGCUGCUCGCUCUAACGGACAGGAAAACGCCAAGAAAAGCUCUCUCUCUUUGUCUGUCUCACUCUCUGGCUCUUCGCUCUCCGGGGGCCCAGACAGCCUAACGGUUCUUCAGGAGCUUGCCUUUGCUUUUGCCUUGUGCCUGCCUUCUAAUACCAAAGCAAAGUCGCGUCGGACCGUCUCGUAUAAAAUCUGUUGCAUCACUGCGGUGGCACUUCAGUCGUUCGAGCGCGUGCGGCCGGAGAAGUGCAGUGUUAACAACAAUUACAACAAAAGCAACAACAAUACUAAAAUGCGUGGCUGCAGUGAACAUUUAAGCGGCAAAAAAUGACAAAAAAAAUUACAAAAUUUGUGAAAUAAAUAAAUAGCAGCAACAAAGCAAGAAAGCAACAAGAAACAUUUCCAAAGACAAACUUACCUCAGUGCAAUGGUCUAGGACUUGAAGCCAACCAAAAACAUAAAUAAAACACCUUUAAUUCCCCACACAACUUACGCGGAAAAUCAAUCAAAAUUAUCGGGCAAAAAGGCAUCAACAUUCUACCCUCAUUCGGGCAACUUAAAAUGCUGAACAUGGAAUCGCCACAGAUGUACGCCGAUGCCGUGCAGACGCUGGCCCAGCUGGACCUCAAGAAGCCGCCCCCCCAGCAGGCCACCAUCGGCCAGAUCACACUGACGGCGAUGUCCACUGCCCAGCAGCAGCAGCAACAGCAGCAGCAGCAGCAGAAUCCUCAACAGCAGCAGCAGCAGCAACCUCAACAGCAGCAACAGCAGCAGCAGCAGCAGACAACGGAUGCCAACAACAAUACGUCCCAGGACGCGGCACUCCUUGUGAAGCAGCAUGCCAUGCACCAGAUGCAGCAGGCGGCCCUCAACGGCAACAACAACAACAGCAACAGUGUCAACAACAAUGUGAACAACUUGCUGCAAAAGCAAAUGCUGCAACAGUACACCACACAGACGGAUCUCGACGAGCUGACGACCCAAGAGAUUACUCUGGACCUGCAGCACCUGAUAGACGACCAGUUCCGGGACACGGAGACGCUGGGCAUCUUCAGCGACAUGGUAACCAGUCCGGGCGGACUCUCCGCCACCCUGCCGCCCAGUGGAAUGGUCAGCGCCGCGGCCAAGGUGUUGCAGCAGCAGACGCUGAGGAAUCAGCACGGCUACGGGCGGGGCGGGGCACUGGCCUACAUGCCACAGCCUGUGCACGCCACCUACAACAAUUCCAGCGACGAGAAUAGCUCCGUGGGCUCCGACUCCAGCACGAUUAAAGAGGAGCCCAUCGAUCCCGAGUAUCGACGCCACCUGCAGGAGGCAGCCAGCCAGCAGGCGGGCAACGCGGCUGCCGCCUUUAUGACCAACGGCAGUGGGCUGUACAACGGGUACGGGUCCGCCGGGAACGGAUUGUCCGGCAACAGCACCAGUGGCACCCUCAACGGCAGCACCACUCCGAACCACAGCAGCAGCAAUGGCAGCAACGGCAGCAGUGGCCCCGUAAACGGCAGCCAGUUCACGAAUCUGACCACGGCCAAUGUGCUGGCCCACCACAACCUGCCACACCUGGCGGCCGCCGCCGGGGCCCAGCACCUGUUGAAGCAGCACAGCAAGCUCCAGCAUGCGGCGCACCACCAGCAGCACAGCCACCACCGGAAGCAUGGCAACAAGCACGUGGACAAGGGCACCGAGGAGUAUCGGCGGCGGCGGGAGCGCAACAACAUCGCGGUGCGCAAGAGCCGCGAGAAGGCCAAGGUCCGGUCGCGGGAGGUGGAGGAGCGCGUGAAGAGCCUGCUCAAGGAGAAGGACGCUCUCAUCCGGCAGCUGGGGGAGAUGACCAACGAGUUGCAGCUGCACAAACAGAUCUACAUGCAGCUGAUGAACCAUGCCAAUCCCGAAGUGAGUCGCGUCUGUCGAAGCUUCCUCAACACCAACGAGCACUCGCUGUAGCCGUGAGUGUGAGUGUGGGUGUGUGAAUACGAGUGCGAAUGAGUCUGAGUGUGUGAAUGAAUGAAUGAAUGAAUGGGUGAACGAGGAAUGAGUGAGUGUGUCUGUCGCCAAAUCAAAGAUUCAAAAUGCUGUGUGGGUAGAAUGUAAGAACCAUUUUGCUUUUUUCUCUACUAUUCAUCAUCUUCUGCAUUCUGCCUUUUACUUCUGUACUCUUGUACCUUUGUCCUUCUUCUCUUUCUCUCUGUCUCUUUUUCUGUCUCUGCCCCACCUGUGGCAUUUCCUUUGUACAUUUACUUAUCUUCCUUCCCCCUUGUUAUCAUUGCUUACCGAGAUACAAUUAAAUAUUUUUGUACUUAAUUUUAAUGACUGUAACAUAUAUUUCGCACAUCUAUAACUAUAUAGCUAUAUACAUAUGUUGUAUAUUGUAUAUCCAUGCAUAUUAUCAUAAAGUUAAGCCAAAGAAAAAUGUUGAAAAUAUUUAUGUAAAAAAACGCGCAGGAAAGAAAACGGAAAAUACAAAAAAUUAAAACUAUUUAUACAGAAAACAAACAAAAAAAAAAACAAAAACAAAUACACAAAUAACUAUUGUAAUUUUGUACAUUUCUUGAAUGGUGUGCGGCUUGCGCUAUUUGCUUUAUGCCACGCCCCUGCCCUGCCCUGCCCUCCCCUCCCCGACCCACUCACAGGCCCUGCUUUAAACACUGAUCCAACACUAGCAAAUCUCUAGUUCGUAAGCCUUGUCCCAAAAAAAGAAAAGAAACAAAUAAACACCUCCCCCACUCCCCACCCUACCCCUUCACCGGUACUAACAGUAAUCUAGCGAAUGCGAUGCGAUGGGAAUACGGAAUAUCCGUGGCUGCUGCUGAGAGCGCGGAAGAUAUGAAUGCUAUUAACUUGUAAGGCCAACGCAAUGUUCUCAUUUUAAUUUAUAUAUUCGUAAAUUAAAUAUACAACAACAAACCAACAAACGCAAACUGUAAAGCAACUCUAAAUAAAUUAAAUAAA